AUGGCAAACGACCGCAAUGCUCAAAAUGUCAUCCGCAGGAAACUCGUCAUCAUCGGCGACGGUGCUUGCGGCAAGACCAGCUUGCUGAGUGUGUUCACUCUGGGCUUCUUCCCAACCCACUACGUUCCGACCGUUUUCGAGAACUAUGUGACCGAUUGCAGAGUUGACGGCAAGUCCGUCCAACUUGCGCUAUGGGAUACUGCGGGGCAGGAGGACUAUGAACGGCUACGGCCGCUAGCAUACGCCAAAGCCCACGUCAUCCUAAUAGGCUUCUCGGUCGACACGCCAGAUUCACUCGACAACGUCAAACACAAGUGGGUUGUGGAAGCCCAAGAGCGGUGCCCCGAUGUCCCGAUUAUUCUUGUCGGUCUCAAAAAGGACCUGCGCGACGACCCGAUCGCGAUAGAGGAGAUGCGCAAGAGGUCUCAACAUUUUGUCAGUCCUUCAGACGGUGAGCGUGUGGCCAAAGAGAUUGGCGCCCGAAAGUACCUCGAGUGUUCCAGUCUGAGCGGCGAGGGCGUGGACGACGUGUUCGAGGCGGCUACGAGAGCGUCGUUGCUCAUGUUUGAAAAGGGGGAAGGGAGCGGCUGCUGCGUCAUCUUAUGA